AUGGCCGAGAGACUCAAAGCAAUCAGCAACACCUUGAAGAUGGCCCCUAAGCUGAACGAGAACGGCAUCCCCAGCUUCGACGACCUGCCCCUUAGGGAGGGCGACCCGCACCACUCGGCCUGGGGCCUGUACGGCGACAACGACGAGCUGGGGACCCUGAACCGCCUGACCGACGAGCGGGUCGCGGCGGCGGCGCGGGGCGAGAUCAGGAAGGGCACCCGCGUCUCGCUCAACUGGCCGCUCGACGCCCAGGGCGAGCACGGCUUCUUCCAGCGGAAGCUGUUCCACCAGGAGCUCUUCCAGAAGCCCCCGCGCAUCGUCAAUGAUGACGUCUGGACGUUCAAUACCCAGGUCUCCAGCCAGUGGGACGGCUUCCGCCACUUUGGCUACCAGAAGGAGAAGAAGUUCUACAACGGUGUCACGCUGGAGGACAUCCAUGGGAAGGACGCCAAUGGCAAGAAGACGACCGUGAACGGGAUCCAUGCCUUCGCCGAGAAAGGCAUCGUGGGACGCGGGAUCCUGGUUGACCUGUACAGCUGGCGCCAGAAGCAGGACGACCCGGCCCUGAAGGAGUUCAACUGCUUCGAGACGUCGAGCAUUCCGCUGAAGGACAUCAAGGCCUGCCUGGCGGCCCAGGGCACAGAGGUCAAGUUCGGUGAUAUCCUCUUCACGCGCACUGGCUGGCACGCCCAACACGCCCAGUUGCCCGAGGCCCAGCUGAGGGCGUACCAGGCCGUGCUCCCGCACCGCUUCGGCGGCGUGGAGCAGUCAGAGGAGAUGAUCCGCUGGGUAUGGGACAACUUCUCCGCGGUGGCGGGCGAUCAGCCGUCCUUCGAGGCCUGGCCGAGCCGCGAGGACUGGGCCCUGCACGAGGUGCUCCUCGCCGGGUACGGCACCCCCAUCGGCGAGCUGUUCUGGCUCGAGGAACUGGCCGAGACGUGCGCGCGGGAAGGGCGCUGGAGCUUCUUCGUCACCAGCGAGCCGUGCAACGUCCCCGGCGGCGUCGCGAGCCCGCCUAAUAUCCUUGCUAUCUUCUAG